AUGAGUAAAUCCACCUUUCUUUUUGUCUACAUCAUCCUUAUUCUAGGAUCGAUGGUGAAUGAGAUUCAAGGACAACAUGCAAUGUGUCAUGAGAUUUUACCGGAAACUGAUUGUGGUGCUGGUUCGUGUACCGCUUUAUGCUUACAGUUAUGGAGAGGAACCGGCAAAUGUGUUAGAACAAAUGAUCAGAAAUUAAUAUGUCUCUGCAAUUUUGAGUGCAUUGUUUGA